AACCAGUUCCAUUUAGUCUUUAUAAUGAAGUCAGGAAAGAAGAAUUCCUUUCAGUACACGUGCUUACACAGUUAUAUUUAUGUGACCAGAAAUCAAAAACAAAAAUUAUUCCCGUCAUAUAUUUAAUGUCUAAAUCUAAAUGACAUAACAUUUAUCACCAAGUUUGAAAGUACAAAACGAGCGAAAAAAUGGUUGUGUAUAGAAUUUAUUAUGUAAUGGUUGAUAAACCAAGUAAAGACGUGAAUAUAGUUUGGAAAGUUCUUCAUUUGGUAAUUCAAAUUUUGGCCGCUAUUAGUGGAAUAGUAAAUGCCGCCCAAUUUUAUGUUGUAUUGCUGGGAUAUCACCACAAAUGUCCUUUAUACGCCAAUUUAUAUUUUUUCCGUAUUCACGAAAAACACUACGACGUUAACCACGUAUUACCACAUAAUGUAUGCAUCAGUUUAUCUGAAACGAAAUGGGGUAAAGAUUCUUAUUGUGAGUAUACGUUUAGUGUGUGGCUGAUUAGUUUCAUAAGCGGUUUUAUAUUGGCGGUAUUUUUUUACUGGAGUAGAUCCGGAGGAGCUGGAGAAGAAAGCGAUUCAUUUGUCCAACCGUGGAAACAUGUUUUUCCAACUUUUAUUGUAUCAAUUAUAAUGACUAUUGUAAUCACAACUGCAGCUUUAUUACAAUUGGAUGGUUUAACCGUAUUUUGUAAUCAAUUUGAACCUUAUCUUCAUACGAAAAAAUGUAACCAGGAUAUGAAUGCCUUUUCUGUACCAUGGACUAAAAAAACUGUCAAUAUUUAUUUGGCAAUUGUGAUUUUACGAAUUUCAAUUCCAUUAUGUGUUUUUGCCUGGGUUGCGCAUACAGCUGUCCUUUUAUUAAGAAUGUGUAUUUCACCAGAUUUUUAUGUCCAAAUAAUUAAAAUAACCGGAAUAUCAAAAACGGUCCGGGAAAAACAUGUUUCCGGUGGCGACUAUUUUCCAAAACCCCACGCUGGAAUUCAUGGAUCUGUGCAAUCUCUUCACAACCUCUAUUUUGAGAGGCACCCACAUUCGCCACAUGUAAAAUUUGCAGAAGAAAUACCAAGAAAACGAAGAAAAUAUGAAUCGUCCAUUAACGAUGAUGAUGAUCAAAAUAGUAGUGAUCAUAACAUUUAUGAAUUUAAGCCUGUUCUACCUGAAUUCUUGAGUGCAUCUAAUCUAGAUUUAGAUGAUAAUCUUCGAUAUUUAUUUGAUGAAAAGUCGGGCGCAAACCUUGAUGUUGAUAAUCAAAGUGAACUUAGUGGACCAAGUGGAUAUAGUAUUAAAGAGAAAUUUGGAUAUUUCAGUGUAGGUAAAGUUGAUACAGAUGAAUAUAAAAUUGACGAGAAAAAGAUUAUUCCACCUAAAGUUGCGGUUGAUAAGUUGCUUGGUGCUGCUGGUGGGGUAAAAGAAAUUCCUUUGGAUGUUAUAAAACAAUUAAUUCAAAACAAUCAGAUGGGUAUAAACAAAGGCAAUGAAGAUUUUAAAAGUCCUAGUGAGCAAAUUCCUGGUAGCAACGAAUAUGCAGAUGAUGAAAAUAGAAUAUUUAAUGAAAUGGGCCAAGAUUCAUUCUUCACAAGAAACAUUUCUGACUGGCACGAAAAGUCACCACAAGAGUCAUUAAAAAAAUCUGAUUUAGAAAGUCCAAAAACUUUAGGACUAACACAUCACAGUGCGGGAACUCCAACGCAAGUCGACCCAACCCAACGAAAUCAAAUUGAUAAUGAAUAUGCAGAUGAUGAAGAUAGAAUAUUUAAUGAAAUGGGCCAAGAUUCAUUCUUCACGAGAAACAUUUCUGAUUGGUACGAAAAGUCACCACUUGAAGAGUCACAAAAAAAAUCUGAUUUAGAAAGUCCAAACACUUUGGGACUAAUACAUCAUAGUACGGGAACUCCAGCGCAAGUUGAGCCAACCCAACGACAUCAAAAUGUUGGUAAUGAAUAUGCAAAUGAUGAAGAUAAAAUAUUUAAUGAAAUGGGCCAAGAUUCAUUCUUCACGAGAAACAUUUCUGAUUUAUACGAGAAGUCACCACUUGAAGAGUCAUUAAAAAAAUCUGAUUUAGAAAGUCCAAAACCGUUAGGAGUAGCACAUCAUAGUACGGGAACUCCAGCGCAAGUUGAGCCAAUCCAACGAAAUCAAAUUGCAUCCACUUCUUCGGAAAAAAAUAUUUCAAGCUCUAGUACAUCUGUGUUAAUAAGUACUACCGAAAAACGAAGUUUGCAUACUGUAGCAAGAAUUCUUUCUGACAUGGAUCGAGAUCCAUUCUUUGCUGAAAAAGUUUCUGAAUGGUAUAAUAGAAUAAAACCUAUUGAUGCCAGAGGAAUUGAUAGUCUUAAUGAAAGUAGAUUUAAAGGUAUUUUACCAAGGAAAUUAUCACCAAUAAAAGAAGAGCAACUAGAAGAGUUACCAAUAAAAUCUCCAAAACCACAUCUUCAAGAAAAUCUUGGUCAAAAAAGUAUGUUAAGUACUUUUUCGGAUCAAGAUGAAGCGGAGCAGAAAGUAUCCACAAUAUUUUCUGAAAUGCGUCAUGACCCGUUUUUCUCAGAAAAAAUGUCUGAAUGGUACGGUGAAUUACCAAGUGAUAAUGUAUCACAAAAGCUACCAUCAAUAAAAGAAGAAAAAAUAGAAGAAAUACCAACAAAAUCUUCUGAUAUAGAAAAACAUGAUUUGCAAACUCCAAAAUUGGAAAAUUUGUCAACAACAACUUCUAAAUUAAAUGAGGUACCAACAGUUAUUUCUUUUGAGCAAAAAUCUGAAUUGCAAAUUCCUAAACAACAAGAGAUACCAACAUCUUUAGUUGCACUAGAAGAGCCUCCAAUGUCGGAAGAGUUACCCAUAAAAUCCAUUGACUUACAACAACCUGGUUUACAAAUACCAAUGCCGGAACCGUUACCAAAGAAAUCUUCUAAGAAACAAAAAAAUGAAGGGAAAACUCCAAAACUGAAAAAGAUACCAACAAAAUCUUUUAUAGGACGAAAACAUGAUUCGCAAACUCCAAUUGACGAAGAGUUACCAACAAAAUCUUCUGAAGAACAGAAACAAGAUUUGCAAUCUCCAAAGCAUGAAGAAUUACCAUCGAAAAUUGCUGACAUACAAAAACAUGAUAUAGAAAGUAUAAAAUUGGAAGAGUCACCAACAAAACCUUCUGGUACACAAAAGCAAGAUUUGAAAACAGCAAAUCUUGAAGAGUUUCCAACAAAAAGUCCGGAUAUACAAAAACUUGGUGCAUUAAGUACAAAACCAGAAAAUCUGCCAAUAAAAACUUCUGGCAUACAAGAAGGUGAUUUAAAAUCUCCAAAACUGGAAGAGGUACCAACAAAAAGUUUUGAUAUGAAAAAACAAGACUUACAAACUACAAAGCUUCAGGCGUUACCAACGAACAUUCCUGACAUACAAAAAGAUGAUUUAAAAAGUACAAAGCUAGAACAGUCACCAACAAAAUCUUCAGACUUAGAGAAACAUGACUUGGAACCUUCAAAACUUGAGGAGUAUCCAACAACUCGUUCUGACACACAGAAACAUGAUUUACCAAGUACGAAACUAGAAGAUUUGCCAACAAAAACUUCAGAUACACAAAAACAACAUUUGCAAACUCCAAAGCAUGAAGAGUUACCAUCAAAAAUUGCUGACACACAAAAACAUGAUACAGAAAGUACAAAAUUGGAAGAGUCACCAACAAUACCUUCUGGUACACAAAAGCAAGAUUUGAAAACAGCAAAGCUUGAAGAUUUUCCAACAAGAAGUGCGGAUAUACAAAAACUUGGUUCAUUAAGUAUAAAACCAGAAGAUCUGCCAAUAAAACCUUCUGGCAUACAAGACGGUGAUUUGAAAUAUCCAAAACUGGAAGAGGCACCAACAAAAAAUUCUGAUAUGGAAAAACAAGACUUACAAUCUCCAAAGCUUCAGGCGUUACCAACGAAUAUUCUUGACAUACAAAGAGAUGAUUUAAAAAGUACAAAGCCAACAGAAUCUUCAGACAUAGAGAAACUUGACUUGGAACCUUCAAAACUUGAGGAGUAUCCAACAACUCGUUCUGACACACAGAAACAUGAUUUACCAAGUACGAAACUAGAAGAUUUUCCAACUAAAACUUCUGACAUACAAGAAGGUGAUUUGAAAUCUCCAAAAGUGGAAGACUCACCGACAAGAAUUUCUGAAAUGGAAAAACAAGACUUACAAUCUCCAAAGCUUCAGGCGUUACCAACGAAUAUUCUUGACAUACAAAGAGAUGAUUUAAAAAGUACAAAGCCAACAGAAUCUUCAGACAUAGAGAAACUUGACUUGGAACCUUCAAAACUUGAGGAGUAUCCAACAACUCGUUCUGACACACAGAAACAUGAUUUACCAAGUACGAAACUAGAAGAUUUUCCAACUAAAACUUCUGACAUACAAGAAGGUGAUUUAAAAUCUCCAAAAGUGGAAGAGUUACCAACAAGAAUUUCUGAAAUGGAAAAAGAUGACUUACAAGCUUCAAAGCUUGAGGCGUCACCAACAAACGUUUUUGAUACACAAAAAGAUGAUUUAGAAAGUACAAAACUUGAACAGUUACCAACAAAAACUUCAGACAUACAGAAACACGACUUGGAACCUCCAAAGCUUGAAGAGUACCCAACAAGUCCUUCUGACAUACAGAAACACGAUUUGCCAAGGACAAAUCUAGAAGAUUUUCCAACAAAAACUUCUGACAUACAAGAGCGUGGUUCGCAAUAUCCAAAACUCGAAGAGUCAGCAGCAAACAUUUCUAGCAUGGAAAAAGAUGACUUACAAACUGCAAAGUUUCAGGCUUUACCAACAAACAUUUCCGACAUACAAAAAGAUGAUGUAGAAAUUACAAAACUGGAACAGUUACCAACAAAAACAUCAGAUAUACAAGAACGUGAUUCGCAAUCUCUAAAACUGGAAGAAUCAGCAACAAGAGUUUCUGACGUGGAAAAAGAUGACUUACAACCUCCAAAGCUUCAGGUCUUACCAACAAACAUUUCUGACAUACAGAAAAGAGAUUUGCAACCUCCAAAACUGGAACAGUCACCAACUAAAAUUUCUGACAUACAAGAACAUGAAUCAGAAUCUUUAAAACGAGAACAGUCACCAUCAAAAAUUUCGGAAGAAAUGAAAGUAAUACACCUGAAUACAUCUUUAGGAAACGUUACAGAACUUCCAUUAAUUGUUCCAAAAUUGUCAUCAGAAGUAAAACCAGUUGAAACAGCGGAGAUUCAGUCAGAACCAACAUUAGAUAAAUCAAAAAUACAGAUAGCAGAAUCACCUGAUGAAGUUGCAGAAUCAUCAGUAAUUGCAACCAAACAACAUCAGGAUACGUUUCCUGAAGAAAUUGAAACAACCAAAAUUGAUAUUGAUUAUCCAUUCCGGGAUUUAGAUUUACCGGAAACAACUUCACAGAUGUUAGAUUCAUUUCAACAAACAACUGGUUACGAUUUAAAACAAACUUCACACCAAUCUCAAAAUGAGAUACCAAAAGAAAUUAGUGUAGCUCCAUUAAGUACUACUUCAAAAUUGAGUGCUUCUAAAGAUUCAGUAACAAAUCUGCCUUUACGUGAAUCAAAAUUACCUUUAGGGUCUAAGCUGAUUGUAUCAGAAGAGCAAAAAGAAAUCAAAUCAGAAGAAACUUUAUUAGAUGAUUCAAAACCUUUAUAUCAAAAGCAGCCAUCAGAUAAAAUUCCAGAAGUAGUUGGAGCAUCAUUAGAUAAUAAUAGUGAAAAUCUUUUAAAAUCAAAUAUAAUAUCACAAGGUAUGGUUCAAGAUGAUUCAAAUUUACCUUCCGAAAGUGUAUCAGUUAAACCAGAAGAAAUUUCAAUGAAAUCAUCGAAUUUAUCUCUUAGAGCGGUUGAGAAAAAUUUAGGAACACCAACACUCUCCGAACCACACUUAAAAGAAUUACCAGAAACAGGACAUUUUGAUAUCCUUUCACCAUCAACGUCUCCACUAGAAACAAAACGUUCAAGAUCUCCAAUUGAAAAUCGUAGCCAAGACACUCCCUUUGAAGUUGAAAAUCGUUCAGAACCCCAUUCCAGAUUUUCAGUAGAAAAUGAAUUACCAACAAGAGAAGAUCAUUUCGUACAUCCAGAGAUUCAAUUAUCUCCAACUCAACUUCCACCAAUAAACGAAAAUACAGUACGUGAAGAUUCGAAUACUGUGUUAAACAUAAAUCCAUUUUAUCCAAGCACUCGGUCACCAUCUAUUCUUCUUCCACCGCCAACUGUUCAAAUAAGUCAAGGAGAAAGUCUACAUGAUUUUAUUUCUCAUCGUGUCCCACCAGUUGCAGACGUCUUUAAUCCGACUCCUCCACCAUUAUUUGGUGGACGCGGAUUACUAACUGGUACUAUUGGUCAACCACCUAGAAAUAGACAUCCGAUACCCCCUGCUCAAUUACCACCAAAUGUACGACGUCGAAAUAACUAUGGGGUACAUUUCAAUUAUAGAACAACUGUAACAGAAGCAAAUAAUGAAAACGACAAUGAUGACCAAGAAUCUAGAGAUUUAAAUGCCAGAAGUAGCCGAAGAGGUCGACAUAAUGAAAGAGAACGAAGAGGCAAUUGAAAAAAAU